ACCCCCCGCCCCAGGAACUUGAGAAGGAGGAAGGACCGAGAAGCCCAAGGGGCAAGGAGGGUCAUCGCCCGGAUCGAGGAGUUGAACGCCACGGACAAUGCAAGAGGACAGAGACCUGUCUCAAAACAACACCCUGGACUUUUCAGACUCCCAGGAAUGGUUUCAGGAGAUUACAACGAAGUCCAAGUUUGUCUUAGAGAACCUUCAGGAGUACACCAACCGUCCGGACUUGGCCCACUACUACAAGCCACCCAAGCCCUCACGGCUCCAGCGGUUCCUCACCCAUUUCCGGAGAGACAAAGGCCUCAUGUUCCGGCUUUUGGAGUUCGACCGUGAGAUGACCACCCUGAUCUUGACCAACAACCCGUUUCCCAACCUCCUCGACUGGCAGGGAGAGGACACCCUCCUCCGCUACUUCUCCCAGGAGCUGCUGAAUGAGCAGAAGCAACAAAAGUCUAAGGAGCACGUCAGUUUUCCCCCGCUGGUGCCGCAGCGGAAGACGGAAAGGGCCAGGACAAACCAGGAUUUCGCCGUGACCCUGGUGGAAGACCCUAAGCCCAGGCAAAGGAGGUGGUUCAGAUUUUCCACCGACAGCGAUUUCAAGACGGAAGGGCGUUUUUCAAAGGGCUGUGCAAAGAAGAAGCAGAAGAAAAUGUAUCCCCAACUCUGCUUUGCUCCCGCUCCUAGAACAGCAGACGAAAUGCUGGGGCUGGCUCCUGGGAAGUCGGGAAUCAUGAAGAGCAGAGGGAAUUCUACAAUGGCCAAGGAGCCCUUGACCCUGGCCACCCUCCUGGAAGAAAACCCCACCAAGGAUGUGCCCGGGGAACACGGCUUCCGAUACGGGAGAGCUCCGCAGUGGCUGGUCAACAGCGCGGUGGUCCAUAGAUGAAAAUAAAACUCAGG